AGUGGCCGGGGAGGAGGGGGGGGAGGCUAGGCAGCAGGUGCCUGUGUUUACCUGCAGGAGGAGGAACAUGUGCGGCCCGCCCGACCCUCGCUAGGCUCCCUCACUACCUCAUACACGGUGGGAACAGGAACAGAUGACUGGCGACUCCUGUCACCAAGCUGAGAGCUUACUCUUCCCAUUGCUGAAGGUAAAUGUCUUGGCUUGACCAAAUUGCAGACCAAAUAUUAGAGCAGAUGGUCUAUUUGGCAUGGCAUCAAUUUGUGAGGAGAUUUUCCAAAAGUUUGUGUCAAAUAUUAAGAAAAAAACUUGGCAUUAAUGUGUCUCUAAGAAACACAGAUUUAGAGGUUAUUCAUCAGAGUUGUCAUUACAUUAUAGUUAACAAAUGCUAUGAUGUCCUCAUCAACAGUAAUUCCUCAGAAGAUGAGGUAACCGUGCAAAUGCAACUGCGACAGCAUUUUCCUGCCUUGGCCAAUCAAAACCUUGGACAUGAAUUUAGAUUUGCUCAUCGUCUCGACUUUGCUACAAGUGGACUGUUGUGUAUAGCACUUCACAAAAAAGCUGCAGCAGCAGCUGUAAAGUGUUUUGUUCAUAAACGAGUUGACAAGUACUAUUUGGCUCUUGUGAGGGGUCAUGUCUCUAAAGAAAUGUUGGAUAUAUAUCUUCCGAUAGGUGAUGAUACACGUCCGGAAUGGCAUGGAAUAAAAAUGGCCACACCACUGAGCCAUCAUGCUAGCCACUGUCGAACUGCACACACACGACUUUUGAUACUUCAGAGGGGUUUAUAUGAUAAUUAUCCAGCAACUAAGUUGCUCCUGAAGCCCAUAACAGGCCGGCGUCACCAGCUUCGGAUACACUUGUCAGAAUCUGGUCAUACCAUUGUGGGAGACUUUACUUAUUCAAAUCGUCACGAUCUCUCUCCUUUUCGCAUGUUUCUUCAUGCAUAUAGACUAGUACUGCCCUCUGAAUUUGAAUACAUUGAUGUGAAAACUGAAGAUCCAUUUUCUGAAAGUGACCCAAGAAAUAAAUGGGUUCCAGUAGAAACAUUACAUGAAUUAAUUGAUGAAACCUUUGUCAAAUUAAAAUUGGGGAGGAAGUGGUACCAAAAAAAUUUUUCCUAACCCUAAAUAUUGAAUUUAUAUAAAAUACAGUACAGUAUAUACUAGACACUAGUACACGAGAACAGAUUUACCCGAUAGCCAGAGCAUAUACGUAUGUUUAUUUCCUUAUGUCUAGUUAUGCUUGCAGGGGGUUGAGCUUCAUCUCUUUAGUCCCACCUCUCAACUAUCGAUCAACUGGUCUACAGGUUCCUGAGGCUAUUGGCCUCUUAUCAUAUCUAAAUUUGAAAAGACAGGGUUUAUGUCUGCUGAAGAGUUCCGUGAAAUGAAUAGAUUUUAUUUAUAAAAUAAUUACUAAUUUACCUAAUAUAGGUAAAACAAAGCCUAGAGUUUUGGAAUAAAAGGUAAGCAAUAUUUAGGUUACAUCAUCUACAUCAUUUCCCCGAGAAUCUUGUAGGUAACAAUCAUGUCUCCCAAAACUUUUCUGUCUUCCAGGGACAUGAGGUUUAAUUCCGGUAGUGUUUCCUUGUAGCUCAUGGCCCCCUCAGCUCGGGUACUAGUCUGGUGGUGUACCUCUGAACUUUCUUUAACUUCAUCUUGUGCUGCUUCACAAGGUAUGGACUCCAUAUUGGGGCUGCAUAUGCCAGGAUUGGUUUGACAUAUGUGGUAUACAGUACAAGGUCCUGAAUGAUUCCUUACACAAGUUUGUAAAGGCAUUUCUUAUGUUGGCCAACCGAGCAUAUGCUGCUGCUGGUAUCCUCUUGAUGUGGGCUUAAGGGGACAGAUCUGGUGUGAUGUCAGCCCCCAGAUCUUUCUCUCCUAAUUCCUGAAGGAUUUCAUUUUUCAUAUGAUAUCUUGUAUCUGGCCUGCUCUCUACACCUAUUUUCAUUACUUUACACUUGUUUGAGUUAAUUUUUAGUGGACAUUUGUUGGAUGACCCCAUUUCUUUGAAUCCCUGCUCCAUGACUUAUAUUUCUCAGAUUCCCUGUGCAGUGCCAUUAAGUCUAGCCAGCCUCCAGUCUACCCUCUCGCCCAAGAUGUUCAUAAAUAUGUGGCUUAGGAAAACCGUCUUCUCUACCAUGUCCGGUGCUGAUAUUUGAGCUCAGAGGCUUUUGACAUUCUAACAGGGUUUUAGCAGCCUGGUAUUUAGUCAAUGUUCCUGGUUCCAAUUGGUCAUGUGCUGCUUUGGGCAUUGUCUCCCAGCUUGGGUUUUCUUCUUCAUCCUAGUGCCUGCCACUACUACUUCCUGGUGUGUCCCAUUUUUGUUCUCUAUGGUUAGCUUGAGCUUCAGGAAAUCACUGAAUGCCUCCCUCCAGAAACCCAGCAUUGAUUAUAAGGAAACGUCUCCUGGAGGAGCCUUGGUGGCUCUCUCGAUUCCCGCUCCCUCCAGGAUCCUCGGUUUGCUACGGGUUUUUCAUCACGUCCAGAAAUGAGAUUGGGAGUCAACUCGGGGCUGGGGCCAGUCUGCCUGGUAGUAGUAAUUGAUUCCAACAA